GAGUCCUUUACUUUGCUAAAGAGUAUAAUGGCAGUGCAUCUCUCAGAUUUUACCUGUAAUCCCAUUGUUCCGAUCCAGUUCCAGAAUCACUUGCUCUGAUAUCCUGAAAUUACUUGUUAAUUGACUUACGGAAAUUGGGGAUCUGAUUUGGGUCCCUAAGCUUGUCGAUUUUACCAACAACCAAAGAAAUUGUCCUGACAGAGUAAAUGUAGUUAACGAGUUCCCCAGGUUCAUUUCCAUGGCAAUCACACAGAGCAAGAUGUACAAAAGGAGAGUGAAUGCUCCUCUACUGUAAACAUGAAACCAGGCUGGACAAACUGGAGAAAACGUUUUUUAACCUUAUUCUCUGCUAAGGUGAUCGUGAACAGUGGGUUGCCUUAGGUCGUGCGCGAACGUCAGAGUCGGAAAGGAAUGGUUCAACUAAACAAUCGACUGACCGCCUAAAGGGAGACAAAGAAAAGCAAAAGUAAAGCAAUAAAUAGAAGAAUUAAACACAUCUGCUAUGAACUCCCUGAAUUCCACCCUCCCUCUAAAUACAACUUUUGUGAGUCCCCCAUUUUUUUUCCUUACUGGUUUGAAUAACAUGCGCCAUGCCAAAUACUACUAUGUUUUCCUGUCCUUUAUUUUUGUGGUCUCUGUUUUGGGAAACUCCUUUGUCAUGUUUAUUAUAUACACAGAACGCAGUUUUCACACACCAAAGUAUAUGGCUGUUUUCAAUUUGGCUGUAGCUGACUUGGGUGAAAGUACUGCUCUUAUUCCAAAUUUAAUUGCAAUGUUUCUUUUUGAUUCACAAUACAUCUCCUUUGACGCUUGCAUGGCAAACAUGUUUUUUGUGUUUUUCUUUACCUGUUUGCAGUCUCUCAGUCUUACCCUUAUGGCCUAUGAUAGAUUGGUGGCAAUAUGCUUGCCACUGAGAUACCAUGCCGUCAUCACAAUGCAAGCGAUGGCUGUGAUAUUAACAGUGGUGUGGGCAUAUGAUUCAGUUUUAAUUAUUUUAAUGGUGGCUUUGAUUACCAGAUUGUCUUUUUGUAAAUCCAUUGUGGUAAAAAGCUACUUUUGUCGAGAUGAGUCCAUAUAUAGUUUGGCAUGUAGUGACAAUUCUAUGAAUCAUGUGAUAUCAAGACUUAAUGUGACAUUAUUUGUUUAUAUACCCUUUCUUUUGAUUGUACUGUCUUAUUUUUUUAUUGCUGGUGCACUGUCUAAAAUAGCUUCAUGGGAAGGGCGAUUUAAAGCCAUUAAGACUUGUUCUGCACACCUAAUGCUGGUGUCUUUACAUUACCUUCCAGUAAUAGGCAUGUACAUUACGUCACUAACUUCAACCCUUAAAUCUGAAGCGAGCAUAAUGAAUUUGUCAAGUGUAAAGGCCGUUACCCCCAUGAUGAACCCAAUCAUUUACGUGCUGAACACAGAAGAGGUUAGGGUAUUCUCUAAAAAACUUCUAAAAAACAAAAAACAAAAAAAAACAAAACUGCAACAGAAAUAAAAAAAAAACUAAAAAAUGGAACAAAUUCAUAUUACAAGACUUUUGCUUUUAACUGUAUCACAAACUGCGGUCUGUGAAACCAGAGGUGGAGGCAGCAGUUACAAUUAGCCUUAGCCUCUAUUGAAAUGGUUGCAAAUGUUAAGAAAUUCUCAAAAAAUAAUUUUCCA